GGGGGCACCUAUUACUGUGUGAAGUUAAUAAUAGGGCAUCCUGACAUGGCGUAUGUGUCUGGCUCAGGCACCUAUGUGUCUGUGAAUGGAACCUCACGUGAAACAUUCCAGGUGCAACAAGCUGAGAUGACACAGACUGUAUCAACGGGAGAGACAAUCACCUUGAGUUGCAUUGUAUCAGAUUCAUCCCCAAAAGCUGUCAUAUGGUUCAAGGGAACUGGGCCAACCCAGGAGUUAAUCUACAAUUUUAAUGGAGGUGUUUUUCCAAGAGUAAAAGAAAUUGGACACACCACCAAAGCUGGCAACACAGACUUUUCCAUCCGCACCAGUGAAAUCUCUCAUGCAGACGCUGGCACCUACUACCAAGUGAAGUUCAAGGAGGGGAAACCUGACAUGGAGUUCCAGUCAGAUCCAGGCACCAAGGUGUUUGUGACCAGUGUGGCAGGUGAGGCGGAGCUGAGGGUGAUCCAGCCGGACAAGUCCGUGGCUAUGGCAGCCGGACAGACGGCCACUCUGCGCUGCACCGUGACCUCCCUGCACCCCCUUGGGAAGGUGGAGUGGUUCAAGGGGACAGGGCCAGGCCGGGAGUUAAUCUUCAGCUUCAGAGGAGGAGACCACCCCCCCCAGUCGCCUCGAGUAACAAAGGUUGCAGACGCCACAAAGAGAAACAACACGGACUUUUCCAUCUGCAUCAGGAACAUCACCCCAGCAGAUGCUGGUACCUACUACUGUGUGAAGUUCCAGAAAGGGACCCCUGAUGUGGAGUUUAAGUCUGGACCAGGCACCAGGGUGUUUGUACAUGUGAAGCCCUCUCUUCCAGAGGUUUCUGGCCCCUCCAGCAGGGUCGGCCCAGGCCAGACAGCAAACCUCACCUGCACUUCAACUGGCUUCUUUCCCAAAAAUAUAUAUCUGAAAUGGUUUGAAAAUGGCAUGGAGCUCCAAGCCCUUCAGACCUUCAUCUUCCUGCCUGAAGAUACUUCAUCCUACACCAUCGUCAGCACGGCCCUGGUGACCCUUGACUUAUCCUCACGCCACUCCCAGGUCACCUGCCAAGUGGCUCACAGUACACUGCCCAGCCCCCUCAGUAGGCAUGUGAACAUCUCCAAAUUCCUCCAAGUUACACCCACAGUGACUGUAUCAGCACACCGUGUCCCAGGCCUCCAGUUGGCCAUCCUCACCUGCCACAUGCAAAGGUUUUACCCUGAGGUCAUACAAAUCACCUGGCUGGAGACCAACAGAUCCAUUAAGACCUGCGACACUUCUGCCCUGGACAAGAACACAGAUGGCACGUUCAACCAAGACAGUCAUAUCCUGGUUUACACCUCAGGGGACAAAGCGCUGUUCACCUGCCAGGUGUGGUGUGAGGCCCGGCUGCUGACCCAGGCCAGUACGCAGCUGAGGGGGCACAGAGCAGAGCCAGCGUCUGUGGAUAUGAGAGCAUUCAACUCCCUCUUCGGGACCCUCAUCCUGCUUGGCUGGAAGUUGUUUCCCCUGACUGUACUUUGCAUCUUCUAUGUCCUCAAGAGGAGAGUCCCUUCCAAGAGCACUGACCCAGGAGAGGCACUGGCCAGGAUGUCUGUAGCCACUAUGAAAGCCUCUCCCACCUCAUCUGCCUUCUGAGACCCGUCCAGGGCUGGCUGCCCUCCUCCGUCUGCUCCAGUCCCCACAGGAGGUGAGAGCCUGGACCGAGAGUCAGUGGUGAGAGGCAGACUCUCACAUCCAAUGAAGGAAGGGAGCUUCUCUGGAAAUUCUGGGCAAGAAGUUCGUGACCCUGAGCAAGAAAUCCAGCAGAGGCAAAACAGGCUCCUACCCAGGGAGGAACACAAUACCUGUGGUUCGGAAGGCCCCUCCCGGACUCCUCAAGGAAAGCCCACGGUGGGCACCCAAACUGCCCUGAGACCUUUACAGCUCCAUCAUUAAAACAGUAUUGCUUAUAAAA